UAUACGCGUCUCGACAUCACAAAGACGACGAAACACCACCAGAGCCAUGCCGAAAUCCACACCAUCAUCACUGUCCUCCCGAACCGCCGCCUCCACGAACAAAAAUGCCUUCUCCGUCCUGAUGUCCUCACGCCCAACCAGCACCACCCCCACCAGCAGCACCGCUCCCCGCCCCGCGCGCACCACAUUCGCCGACGCCCUCCUCCCAUACAUAACCACGCCCUCCUCCUUCCCGCCCAGCGUCGUCCUCCACCACUCCACCGACUUCGUCUGGAUCCGCGACAAGUACGCAAAGUCCUUUAUCCACACACUCUUGCUGCCGCGGGACCCGGCGCGAAACACGCAGCACCCGCUCGAGCUGCUGUCGCGGGAUGUGGAGUUUCUGGAGAAGGUAAGGGUGGAGGCGGCGAAGUUGAGGGGGGUUGUGGCGAGGGAGUUGGAGCGGCGGUUUGGUGGGAACGGGAAACAAGGCGGGAGGAACUGGGUCGACGAGGUAUUGGUCGGUGUGCACGCGCACCCGAGCCUGCGGCAUUUGCAUGUGCAUGUCCUUUCGAGGGAUCUUAGUGGUGAGGCGUUGAGGAAGGCGAGCCAUUAUAAUAGCUUUACCACGGGGUUUUUUGUAAGGCUUGAGGAGUUUCCGCUCAGUGGGGAGGAGCUGGAAAAGAGGGGUGGGGGGUGGAGGAAAGAGGAGCUCAGGUGUUGGAGGUGUGGCAGGGGGUUUGGCAGAAGUUUUGUAAAGUUGAAGGCGCAUUUGGGGGUGGAGUUUGAGGCGUGGAAGGCUGCGCCGAUGGAGGAGGGGGAGGAGGAGGGGGAGGGGGAGGAGGGGGAAGAGGAUGGAAGGGAGGGGGGUGCGGGUGAGGUAGGGGAGACGGGGUAG